UUACUAUUGCUGGUUGUGGCAUGAAGCAUCGGCAGCUGAAUUUCAGUCGUCUAUUUUCUGCAUCAUCCAACAUAUGUGAAGGGUUCCAGCCUGCUUGCAAAUGGUAGCGAAGAUGAUGCUACAUUUUAAAAGGUCCAGCAUCCUUUCAAAGAAGAAGGAGCCCAGCUAUAGCUUUUGUCUCCACAAACACUACUGCAAGGCAGCCAAGAGCAGGAACAAGAUCCAUUGUGACUGUGGUGAAAAUAGCAAUGAGCCGCUGGCAUGGCAGUGGGACCAGGCGCGGGCGCCAGCUUCGGCUCGCUUCCUGCCGACGCACGUGGCCUGCCACGAGACGCUCUCCACGGGUACGGCUGUGCUGCUGGGCGACACCAUCCUCGAGCCCGGCGGACACCACUUCUUCGAGGUCAAGCUGCUGACCGACCUGUACGGCACGGACACGAUGGUGGGUCUGGUGACGGACCAGUUUGAUCCGGACUCGGCCAACCAGCGAUUCGUGAGCCUCCUGGGCGCCGACUCCCACUCAUGGGGCCUCUCCUUCCAUGGUACGAUCCGCCAUGCUGGCCGCUCGCAGCCCUACACCAGCCUCUUCGGCAAGGGCUCCAUCAUCGGCGUCUACGCCAACCUUCGCGCCGGCACCGUCGAGUUCUUCCUCAACCGACGCUCGCUGGGGGUGGCGUUCUCGGGCCUGAGCCGACCGGGCGACGGCGGCAGGUCUUGCCGCGUGAUAACGCUCGCCUCGCCGGAGGAGGAGGGAGAGGACGAGGAAGAGGAGCUGCAUCGGCUGGCCGGCGCGCCGCGCACCGUGCUGACGAUCGCGGACGGCAUACCGGCCUCGGACACUGGCUGCGACGUCAUCCGUGACGUAACCGCCGUCGAGGCGGACAGCAUACCGGCCUCAGACGCCGGCUGUGACGUCAUCCGUGACGUUACCGCCGUCGAAGCGGACAGGGUACCGGCCUCAGACGCCGGCUGUGACGUCAUCCGUGACGUUACCGCCGUGGAGGCGGACAGCGUGCCGGCCUCGGACGCGCACUGUGACGCCAUCGAUGGCGUCCGGUCGGGCAUGGACGGGUUCGCCGCGGUGUUCUCGCAGGUGUCAGUCGGGGAGCUGCCGGUAAAGCUGCAGCAGCGCAAGACGAACCGAGAGAGCCAGGAGAGCGUCUAG